CCACGAAGCUCGAUACGCACAGGAUGCACAUCGCAUCCUUACUCUCGAGCGGGCUAAGGUCUGAGUAUACUCUUCUCCCUCGAUAGGCUCUAGCUGAGCCCCGCUGUAACGGCGGAGCGAUGUACCAGAAAUGCAGGCGGGGCAAGCUCGACAUAUCCCCAUGACCCCUCUUGCUGCAGAAGCUGUAAUAGCUCCAGCAAUGCGGGAGAGGGUAGAGGGCUCGCGCCUUUGAAACGCAUCGCGGAGAAUCGGGCGCUUAGAUGGUAUGUCAUGCGACGUCGUCUCUACCGCACACAGGUCGAUCAUGGAGUAGUCUGGCGUUCCAUGGCUGCAUUCAUCCGUGUAAUCGUACCGUCGGCCGAUCGGGAAGCCAACAGAGUGCUUCACGCUCUGCUGGUGUCAGGGGCUUCAAUGGCCUCGCUGCCUCUUUCGUGCGGGGGUGUGCUAGCGCCCACGCUGGGGAGGUGAGCAUCCGCCCGUCACGUCGAAGUGGCGUGACGGUGUUGGUAUGUCGUUUUCAACAGCAUAUCCAAAGCUACGGGCCGCAUGACGCAGAGCCUCGGCUCUGGUGUGCAUGGGGAGACCUCGAUGAUGUCGCGUGCGCCUCUUUUCGCCCUUGAGUGCGAUUCGUGGCUCGUGGCUCUUUGGGAGCGCGAAACUCAAUUCAGACUACUCUCGAGCUGGUCUAACGCACCUAGUGCACCAAUUUUUUGCUCUCUGUUUCCUUCUUCCCGAAGGAUUUAGGUUCCUGUGUGUCGUAUACAGGCUUUCUUCAGCUGAUAUACUCGAAAUGUAGGUUGGAUGACGUAUUCAUCAAUAAAUCAAUAUUUUCACCAUCCUCUUUGGAGAUAAUUAGUAACGGGCGAAGUUAUGGAUCUCCGCCAGCUCGAAGGCCACGACGUUCAUCCACACAGGAAGCUCCGCUUCUAUCCUUUGAACGUUCACCAUCAUGUCACAUCCCUUCUCGAAUAGCUCUCACGAGCUAGUCUGUAACGGGCCAACGAUGCUGACAUAGUCAAGCAUCUCGAGAACGCGACACGGCCGACACCUAGUGCUCGCACGCAUCUACGUUUCUAUCUCGCAAAGUGCUGCUUCGCAGCGCUCAGGGGAAAUUGGUCACAUGCGGGUGGCCAUCUCCUGCGAAACCGGGUCCCUCCCAUCAUAGAAUGAUCACGUCUAGGUUAAGAGGCAGACGCCUACCAUUAUUCGGGGCUGCGAUUUGUCGUGGUGACACUUGCGGUUGCCUUUGGCACGUCGAACAGCGUACCCCGAAGCUUUGGCACCUGUCUUUUGACCGAUACGUGAUAGCCAUACUAGGGCGAAAACUCGGGGUUCGGCAGUGCACUGUGUUAUAGGGGCACACCGCAUGGUGCUUUCUGCACAUCUACGCACAGCUGAGUACCCAUGUUUUUGUUCGGGACCCUCGCGUACCGAGGAAGCAGGAUGCCUCUACGAGCACAUACGAAGCCGUCUGCUAUGGUACAUUCGUGGCUCGCGCCUCGCAGCGCGAACUCAUCGAUCUCUCGAGCUGGUGAAUGUGACUGGGCGUUGCGAAACCGAGCUCGAGUCAAGCCAUGUCGGCCUUUCUCUCUCCUAAAGCCGACAUCUCCGAUAUUGCAAUCGAGCUCACGACGCGCUACACUAGAUGACGAAUAUGUUUGACUUCGUCGCUUUUUAUCGCCCUUUGAAUCAGAACCCGAAGUGCCGCUGAAUGACUCAGCAACCUCCACCAGUCCCGGCCAACUUCGCGGUUUUGUCAGCGACAGCUUGAGUUUCCGUUCCUGAUAGUUACCUCGGCUGUCACUCAUGGCUCCAGUUAUCAAUGGCAAGGUCAUCUUCAAUGAAGUGCCUACAGGCUACCCCGAACCUGGAAAGACACUCAUAUACCAAGAAGAGACGAUCGACCCCAAUACGAUAACCCUCGCGCCAGGCGAGUGGCUCGUUAAGGUGCUCGUUCUCUCUGUAGAUCCAUAUCUGCGCGAGCGGAUGGCUGCACCGUCCGAGACAUACUUUGAUGCUUUUCCUCUUGGUGCACCAAUAGAGAACUUCGGCGUCGGCCUUGUUCUGAGAUCUGAGAACCCAGCCUUCAAGCCCGGUGAUCACGUUUACGGCAUCAUGGACUUUGCGCACUAUGCCGUGUGCCGCGAUUCUGUUUUGGCCAAGGGUCACGUAAUCGACAACACCCACAAACUAAGUUGGUCUACGUACGUAGGCGCGGCUGGUAUGCCGGGCGAAACGGCAUACUAUGGUUGGAAGGAAUAUGCACGAUCCAAGGAGGGCGAGAUUGCGUUCGUGAGCACUGGAGCGGGUGCUGUUGGCUCGCUCGUAGUCCAGCUUGCAAAGCGGGAUGGCAUGAAGGUCAUAGCCUCAGCCGGGUCAGAUGACAAGGUCAAGUACCUACGAGAGAUAGGAGUUGACGUUGCAUUCAACUACAAGACGACGAACACCCUCGAAGUGCUGAAGAAAGAGGGGCCAGUUGACGUAUACUGGGAUAAUGUAGGUGGACCGACUCUUGAGGCUGCUUUGGAGACUGCGGCGAAUCGCGGACGUAUCAUUGUAUGCGGCAUGAUAUCUAGCUACAAUGGAGAGACACCACAUGUCUUUAAGGACCUAACGGUGAUCAUGUCGAAGACGCUCAGUAUCAACGGCUUUCUCGUGACUGACCUGGAGGCCAAAUACAUGGACGAGUUCCGCGCGACAAUGCCGAAGCUCCUCGCAAGUGACGAGAUCAGCUUCAGGGAGGAUCUCACUCGUGGUCUUGAGAACUCGGCGGAGGCGAUCCUGUCAGUGCAAAAGGGUACAAACACUGGGAAGAAGGUGAUCAUUGUCGCAGAUGCGUAAGAAGUUUGUCCCUUCCUGCAAUGAAAAUGAGGUACCGCCGUCGUGAAGCGAGGAAAAGGGUUAACGGGCGAGUCGCCGGGGGUCACCACGUUCCAAGGUACAGAGGGG